CUUCGGUACAGGUUGUGCUUAACAUACAAUUGUAUUCUUUGAGUUUGGAUAAUAAAAAUUUUCACACUAUUUCUCUCGAUAUUAUGGAUUUCAGCUGCUAACAACCAGAGGAUUAUUUAAAAAAAGUACAACACAAGGACUAAUGAGGAUAGUUUUAAUUUUGGAGAUAUUCUUGACCAAGUUGGACCAGUUUGUUCUAGAGCAAGGGUUAAAAAAUCAUCAUCUACAACGCUACCACAACAAAAUGAGGCGUGGGUUUGAUUACCGACGUUGGCUUACAUCCAGGAGUUGAUUUUUUGUGAUAUUAGCUAGUAUAUGUCAUCCUUGUGGGCAUAUUUUUUAGUUGAAACAAUAAACAAAUAUGAAAUCCCGAUUAUAUAAUGGGGUUAGUAAAAUGACUAGGACAGAACUAGAGGGUGCUUACUGUGAAAUAGUGAAUGAAAAUCUUAUUCUUAAACGGACGGUGCAAAACCAGUCUAAAGAGAUAAAAAGGUUAGAAAUUCUGUUCGGAAAUGCAAAUACAAAUCAUAAGGAUCGAUACAGUGCAACACCGACAUUAGAGGACAUAAGGUUUAAAGAUAUUCAGGCGAGAAAUAAAUAUCUUAUGGAUAAGGUAAGUGUUUUGACACAUCAGUUACUUCAACAAAGCCGGUUUCAUGCUCAAGCUCAUAAAUGUUUAAAAAAAUCACCAUCAAAAGCCUGUUAUAAAAAGAAUCCACCAUCAGAAGGAAUAGAGAAUGAAAGAAUUGACCAUCAGGAAUCAGAAAAAGAAGAAACCAUACACAGUAUUAGUGAAAAUUCUGAAACUGAGGAUGAUAGUACCAGCAGAGAUGUUUCUUCCUACAGUAGUAUAGCUUCAGACCGAAGUGGGUUGACAAAUACUUUCGACCAUCUCAUGAACAACGUUGACAACUUGCGCUGGAAAAUAUUUCUGAGGCAAAACAACGAAGAGAAAGAAAUGUUGGUUGCAACAGCUGAAGGAGAAAUCAAUGCUCUGAGAAAAACAAUCCAAAUGUUAAAUGAGGAUUAUGAUGAUAUUUGUGCACAACUUAAUGAAGCACAUAUAAAGUGUUCAGAGUUGCAGACAGAGUUGCUUGAGCUGAAUUCAUUGAAAAAAUCAUACAAAAUGUUGGAAGAAAAAUUAAAAGACAUAAAGGAAGAAAGAGAAAUGUUGCGUGAAGUUAAUAACAAACUUCUUGCUCUCAAUGACAACGGAGAAGAAAACCUUUCACCAAAUGUAAAAGGGAGCAUUGAAGUUGAUUACAGUGCCGUCAUAGAAUAAUUGUGAUACAGUCCAAUUGUUUCUGGUUAAAACCAUAUAUAAAGUGCUUAAACAAGACAAUAGAAACAAUAAAAAUAUAUGUGUGGUGUUUAGUGAUCUACCUCACACCAGACCGCACCUCACGAUCUCCAAAUAAUAAAAAUAUACUCUUUUUGAAAAAUAAUUUGUAUCUUCUAAAUGUAUAGUUAAAACCUUUAACAAUUGUUAUUUUAAGUGUUUAAUAUUAUUAAUUACUUUAUUUUAUUUGUUAUCAAAUUAAGUGUAUGAUAUUUAGUUCAUUAAGCUCUUAAAAAUCGACAGUAUUUUAGAUGUAAAUAGUGUUUUAACAUGUAAUCAAAUAUACUUUAUGAGACUUUUAUAUCCUUCUGUGUUACCCUCAAUCUUACCACAUGCCAAUGAGGGCUUUAUAGACUAAUCUGAUAUUAUAAACCAUAUAGUUUAUGGUUGUUAAAAUUGUUAUAAAUAUAUUUCAGAAUGGAAAGAAUACAUUUAAAAAUAAUAAAAUGAGGUUAA